UGAAGAACUUGGAAACUGGCAGAAGCACUCCAGGAAUAAAGAUGUUUUUUGACUGUGAAAUAGUCAAUGUGGAAUUGCUGGAUGAACAAGAUUCAGGGAAGGAAAUGGCAACGCUCUCUGAGUGCUCUUCAGCCAUUGAAGGGAACAAACAAGCAGUCACAGCACCAGCAGACUGUGGACCACAGAGUUCUCCAUGCAUUUCCCCGGAGCGCCAGCUCGAAGCCUCAAAUAGCUUAAAAUACUCCCUCUCGGAGAAGAAGGAAGAAGAGCGUGUGGAAUACACAGUUGUUGAUUGUUUCCAGCAGAAAUUUGGCCCAGCAGUGCUGCACCUAAGACAGCAGUGUGUUGUCAGUGUAGCAGGACAAGGUGUUGAUUUGUGUCGUCAUGGAAAACUCUCAUGGCUUGCGAUAGUCACAAGGAGACAUAUUUUUCUAUUUGAUAUCUUCCUUCUGGGACCUCAGGCUUUCAAAAAUGGACUACAAAUGGUGCUGGAAGAUAAAAACAUCUUGAAGGUCAUGCAUGACUGCCGCGGGAUCUCAGACUGCCUCUUUCACCAAUAUGGUGUCAUUCUCUUCAACGUCUUUGAUACACAGGUUGCUGAUGCUCUGCAGUUCUCAAUGGCAACAGGCGGCUUCCUUCCACACCGUGUCUGCACGUUAGAGGAGUGUUUGAUGCAGCACUUGAAGAUACCUUCCAAAUGGGAUGGCAUCAUGAAGUGCAGGGAGCAGAUGGUUUCAGAGAAUCUUGACAUAUGGUUCUUGAGACCCUUUCCAGCUUCUCUGCUUAAAGCACUUGCCCUGAAGGCUAAGUACCUGCUGCUGCUCCACUCAUCUCUAAUGGAUAACUUGAUGUCUGACCUAACAGCUGUAGUACAGGAUUACUUAAAUGCUUAUCGGGCUGGGUCUGGAGAUCACCUUGGGAGCACAAAG